CGCGACCCAGUUCCAAGCAUCUUCCACCAUUUGAUUUAGCCAGCGUUGAUACCCUUUUUUCUUUCAAAUCAUGGCGGACGCGCUUUGCGGGCCUUCGAAUGCCCUUCAGAAUUUCCAAAAACACACGACCGUUGAUCGGACGCUGCAGCAAGAUCGACUGGUCGGCAGACAAUCACCAGUGCAGGGAUUUAGGUCAGCACCAGGGCCAAACGUAGGGGCAUUGGAUUCCGAGUUCGACGCCUUUCAGACUGGCCGGCCUGGUCCGCCGCAAGACUUCCAGCAGUUUGCUCCACGCUUCGCACAACCUCCUCCGCAAUUCGCGCAAGUGCCUCAAGCGCCCGACUGGGCUGCUGACUUUCAGCGUCUGAAUGUUAGCGGUCCACCUCCACAAGCGUUUCAGCAACAAAGACCGCAGGCAGCAAGCGUGGCGUCAGCAUGGCAUCAGGACUUCUUGAAGCAGCAGACACCGGUCGCGCAGGCUCCUGCGUUACAGCAGAACACAUUUGGAGGUAUGUCGGGGUACGGCAUGGGUGGAUUUGGAGGACAAGCGUAUAUGCAGACACCAAGUUUCCAGAAUGCGCAAAUGUCCGACGUGGCACAGGGGAAGCAGCGGGCGCAGAAUGAUGUACCUGCUUUCGACGAGGCGGCCUUUGAACAGGCGUUUGCGCAGGCGCAGCAGGAUAUGAUGGAGGUUGUCGAGGCAGAGCAGGCACAUGCACAACCAGCGCAAGAAGCGCUGGACUUGGACCGGCCGGGUGAGAUGGAUCCUCUCCUUCAACGGAUACGUGAAACGCGUCCAGCCGUAUACUCUGCCAUCCAGGUAUGGAGCGAAACGGGCCUUGGACGAACUUCUGAAGCAGUCGCAUAUCUGGAGAACAUGAGCCAGAUGGAGCGAAACGGGUCCUUAAUACAAGACGCAAACGAAGGAAGAUGGAUAGUUGAUUCCCUGCAGAGCAUUGUAAAUCGGGACGCCCCUCAAGAAGUCAAGACCCGCGCCGAAGGCCUUAUCAAGGCAAUCAACGAGCGCCUCAUGUCGCAAUACCCCCUCGGCACGCGCGUACCCAUGUCGGAAGAGCAAAUCUGGAAAGAUCUCGAAGCGGCAGGCUACAUGCGGACACCUGAGCCACUCCAGCGCAUGCCGCAACCGCCUGAGGAAGAGCAAAAGCAACAAGAACAGCCCAGACCAAACCAGGACGACGAAAUGGCCGCAACCGCAGGAAGACUCCUCGAACGCGUCGCAGACAACACGAGCGAAAAAUUCCAAAACUCGCAGUUCCUGGGUCUCAUGCGCCGCCUGCGCGACCGCGAAGUCAGGGUCCAGGAAGACAAGAUUGUCGAAGUCGAGGGUGCCGCCGCCGCCCAACAACAGACCAGCACCACCAGCACUACUCCUCCUUCUACAAUCCCCACCGCACAACAAACUAACCCCCAGCAAACACACCAACAACCCCCAUCCUCGACCCAAAUCCCCCACAUAGACCCCACAAUCCUUUCCCACGCAGCCCUCGACUUUGAACAACCCAUCUAUUCAGACAUCGGCCACGGCCACGAGCAACAAUCAAUAUAGAUAUUACAAUGUUAACGCCGCUUAUCACCAGGCUUUUUACCGGCGCUAGCAGCGAUACGAAGGAAGAGCGCAGGGAGGGCCUGCAGCAUGCGGUUGGGGAGUGGGGGGAUGAUGCGGAUUCAUGGCGGUAUUGGAGGAGUCCGGGGCGAGAUCCUGUGGGGUUGGGAAGGGGGAGGGGGAGGGGGGAGUAAAGAUGGAACUCGUUUUUUAUCUUGAUAGUCGGUUGACGAGGGGGUGGGGUCUGAUGUUGGAUACGAAAUAAUGGGGAGGGAUACGAGGGAAAUGGCUUAAUGCAUUUGUAUACAUGUAUAUCACUUCACUUGUACUUCACGAAGCAAAAUAAAACGGAU